UUCUUUUUUUUUCUUUUUUUUUUUUGCUGGGAAUCUGAAAUAAAAAAAACAAAAACAAAAAACAAGGCAACCGUGAAUUUUGGAUUACAUGGCUCGCGAUGAUUAUUGGAAUAUAUCUGCAUGCAAGUCGGCCUAGAAGUACGAAGACGAAAACAACGUCUUGGAUAAGUCAGAACCGGCAGCGGGACAGCGUCUACUCUUGUCGGGACACUCCAAAACAAGAUCAUCAUCCUCAUCUCAGCUCCUCCUCGGAUGUGAACUGAAUAAACAUCUGCAGCGUUCAUCCUUCUGAGUAGAGGAUCGGCCUGGUUUUGGGAACACUUGGACAUUGAGUCAGUUUAACUGGCAGUCUGUGUGCUUCUAACCCACCAGCAUGUUCAUCCAACAGUCAAUACCCUAGCCAAACCUGAGCCUGGCUUCCCAAAGAUGACAAGCCGCUGGCAGGCUGCAUCUACAGAAUGAUGGGAGGAAGUGACACUGGCAGUGGGGACAAGGAUGGGGUGGUCACCGCUGCCAUACACGUCCCCAUCGGCUGGCAAAGGAGAGUGCAUUGCGGCCAGGUGGCGUAUGUCAGUCCCAGUGGUACUUCUCUAUCCUCCCUGGAUGAGGUGAAGACCUAUCUGUUGACUGAUGGCACCUGUAAAUGUGGUCUGGAGUGUCCGCUUGUCAUCAACAAGGUUUUCAACUUUACUUUGGGGGUAAAGGUAGAGCAGCACAAGCAGCCUAUCGGCAAAGCAGAGCAGGACAUGACCAAACUGUGCAACCAUCGGAGGAAAGUGGUAGCGAUGGCUGCUCUGUGUCGGAGUAUGCAGGCGUCACAGAUGCCCUUUGCUAACCUUCAUCACCCUGAAGUGAGCAAGGGAAUGGGUAAUUGCAACCCAAAGAGGGCUCCUGUUGAGCGGGAAGAAGAGGACAGAGGCAUUUACCACCCUAAAUUUCAUCCGGCUCCUGCACAACCUCAGAAUGCCAGUGCCAGCCCAGUCCUCACACAGGCGCAAACUCUCACCAUCCGCUUGAUGCUUUUCGAAGGCUUCACCCUCCUCCACCUCCUCAAACAGUGCCCUUUACCACUUCCAGCAGCCCCCCAUUCUCGUCUUACCAUGUUGCCCAAAGGUCACCCCGCACACUCACUCCUCAAAAUGGUAGUCAAGGUCAAAAACUGCCACAAACUUCUGAAACGCCUUCCUCCCCUCUCCUAA